AACGAAGAAUUUGAAUAUAUUUUUUUAAAAUUAUAUUGAGUUUUUUUUUUUUUCAUAAUGUUGUUAAUAAGUUGGAAUUGAAUCCAGAAGUUAAUCAUGGAUUAGCUGAUUUUGUCUUGUUAUAGCUUUGAGUAAGAAUUCAACAGUGUUUGUGGUGCAGGUAAGGUGUUUGAUGAAUUGCCUAAGAGAGAAAGUUUUUUUUGAGGGUGUAAGAUGAAAUAUUUUAUGUCAAACUUACGUUGUUUUUCUUCUGCAUCAUCAUCAUCAUCACUACCAUGGAUUUCUCCUGUUCACUAUCCUAAAGCUAAGGUAUCGAAAUCGGAACCUCCACCAUUGGAACAAGAGUAUGUAAAGAAAACAAGGUUUAUAUCUCAUGAACAAGCAAUAGACUAUAUUAAACGUGAGAAUGAUCCUCAAAAAGCUUUGGACAUGUUUAACAAGGUUUCAGAGCAAAAGGGUUUUAAUCACAACAGUGCUACUUAUGCUACUAUCCUAAACAAGCUCGUUAAGGCGAGGAAAUAUAAGGGUGUUGAUGCACUUCUUUGUCAAAUGAAGUAUGAAACAUGUAGAUUUCAUGAGGGUAUUUUUACCAAUCUUAUGAAACAUUUCUCCAAGAGUUGUAUGCAUGAAAAGGUGGUUGAAAUGUUUGAUUUGAUUCGGCCUUAUGUUAGGGAGCGGCCUUCACUUAAUGCUGUGAGUACUUGUCUUAACCUCCUCGUGGAAUCGAAUCAGAUGGAUUUGGCACGGAAGUUUUUGUUAAAUGCCAAGAAAAAUCAUAGAAUGAAUCCAAAUACUUGUAUUUUUAACAUCUUGGUGAAAUAUCAUUGCAAGCGUGGGAACAUUGAGGCAGCCAUUGAUGUUAUGAAUGAGAUGAGGAAAUCAAGAGUUUCUUUUCCGAAUCUGAUUACUUAUACGACUCUGAUGGAUGGUCUAUGUCGGAGUGGAAGACUUAAAGAAGCAGUUGACCAGUUAGAAGAGAUGAUUUCAAAGGAUAAGAUUGUCCCUGAUGCCUUAACUUACAACAUCCUGAUCAAUGGUUUUUGCCAAGGUGGGAAGGUUGAUCAAGCAAAGAAUGUACUACAGUUCAUGAGAAAUAAUGGAUGCACACCGAAUGUGUUCAAUUACUCCGCUCUUAUGAAUGGCUUUUGCAAGGAAGGGAGAAUACAAGAGGCCAUGGAAAUUUUUGAUGAGAUGAAGGCUUUAGGUGUGAAGCUUGAUACAAUUGGAUAUACUACUUUGAUUAACUUCUUCAGUAGGGCUGGUAGGCUCGAGGAAGCGUUGCUUUUGCUUAAGGAAAUGAAAGAAGUAGGCUGCAAACCUGAUGCUAUAACUUUCAAAAUCAUCAUAGAAGCUCUAUGUAAGCUAAAAAGAUUUGAGGAAGCUCUUCAAAUGCUUGAAAAGUUACCUUAUGAAGGUGUCUUCUUAGACAAAGCUAGUUACAGAAUCACAUUGAAUUCCUUGUGUAGUGUAGGUGAAUUAGAAAAAGCUACCCUGCUGUUGAGUCUAAUGCUUGGCAGAGGUUUUGUACCUCAUUAUGCAACUUCAAACGAAUUAUUGAUUCGCUUGUGUGAGGUUGGACGGACAGCUGAUGCAGUUACAGCUUUGUCGGAGCUAUUAGAGACAGGAUUGAAGCCCGAGCCAAAUUCGUGGUUACUUUUGAUAGAAACUGUUUGUCGAGAGAGAAAACUCUUGCCUACUUUUAUACUGCUUGACCAGCUUGUUGAAGAGGUGAAAGACUGAAAACUUCUUAAUUGUCUUUUGGAUGUUGAAGCUUGUACUUUUGUAUUUGAAACUUGGUACAACCCACCAUCUCGUGGUAUUAGAUCCAGUCCAGUAGUUAAUUUUUUUUCUGGUCCUUUUGUCUUUCUUAUAUUAUCAUGAUAUUAACUGAUCAGACAUUUGAAGCAACUUCUCUUGGACGUGAUUCAAUUUAUUGGCGGACAAAUGCCUUAAAUUGUAUUACCUGUUUGCUUUGUUUGAUAUGUGCCUUGUCUUGUAAUUUGCCCAAGCCAAAUUUUGUAUUCUUCAUGAAGCUUCGGCCUGGUA